CUCUAUUUUAAUUAUUUUGAAGAAACAAAAAACAUGACACGUUUUUCAGUCCACGUUAUAUAUAAAUAUGGCCAUCAUGUACCUGAAAUAUCACCAUUCAAAUUGAUUGAGUUUGUUAUACAAAAAAAAAAGAGAAGAAGAAGCCAGAAGUCUGAGAGUUUUAUAAGUAACGAAAAUGAAAUCGACCGUCAUGAUGAUUUUCCUCAUUAUCUACCUCCUCAUCGCCGUGCCUUGCUUCGCUAAAGGAUCGGAGCAAACGGAUUCAGAGGUGUACGAGAUCGAUUACAGGGGACCAGAGACUCAUAACUCUAGACCUCCACCGGAAACUAUGCACGGCAAGCCACCGUACAUCCACCAUAAUACCUCCGCCGCUGGGCUCGGUGCUCAUGUAGGAGGAAAGAGUAAGUUGCCAUCUCCACCUUUACUAAUAUUUAUUUAUGGCAUUUACGUAAAUAUGAGUCUUUGGUUUUUUAAGGGGAAAAAGGUAAAUAACAGUCAUUAAAUGAUAUAUUUAUUAUUAUCAAAUAUUCAAAUUGUAUAUUUUAUUCUUAUUCUUCGAAAUUAUUAUGAUCCAAUCAAAUGAAGUAAAUUUCCCUUUCUUGCAUAUAAUGGUGACCAAAACAUGCAGGAUUAAUUAAUUAACUCUGAAUUUGUUUCCAAAUUCCAUGUAUUUUGAUAUGUUCUCUUCUCCAUAUAUCAGACUAGAGAGAGAGCGAGACCUUUUCCAAGGAGAAGACUCAGAAGUUGAAGAGGAAGAUUACGAGAGUUGUGAUAUAUAUAUGAGUAAUUAAUGAUGUUAAUUGAUACAAAUUUAUACUUUAAUUAUUUAUCAUAUGAAGAUGAUCAUCGAUGUGUGAUCAGUACAGUUAGUGUGAAUAACACACUACUCUCCUGAUGUCAUGUCCGGUCUUUUAUUUAUUUCAUUUUUCAAUUCUCAUGCACCGUUCUCUAUAUCAUUUUUUUCGGUCUGAAUCGUUUUGAACUUUUUUUUUUUUAAUUAUUAAAUCAGGGUAAUGUGUCACUAAAUGAAUAUCAAUAUAGUAAUUGUUUAAAUGUUUGUUUAAAACGAUAAAUGUAUAAUAAUUUUGCACUCUCCAUAUACAAAAUGUUUGGGAUGUUGUUAUUACAAUUACAAAUACGUUUAUUAUAUCAUCUAUUUUGUAUCUAUGUUUACAAAUAAGUGUAUUAUAUACUAACAUAAGAAUAUUGGACUAUAUUAUAUUUGAUAUUAAGAAAAUAUUUAGACACUCCAACUCCAAGAAUGCAAGAUUGCAACUUUGCAAGGUGCCAAGGUCUGAAACAAUCCAAACACUUAUCAUUGACAACUGACGAGGUUUAUUUUGGUUGUUGUCUUUCUUUUAUUAUUCUAUGAAAAUUAUAAUUUAAAAUUCGCAAGAAAUUGU